AUGCCAGUAGCAACCCUUCUACCUUUCACCGCGACUCCUAAUAGGAAGUCUGCCAGCCCGACCUCGUUUAGAUUAACAGAGAAAUUUAUUUUACUUUUAGUCUUUAGCGCUUUCAUCACCUUAUGUUUCGGGGCUAUCUUCUUCCUCCCCGACUCGUCAAAGCUGCUUAGCGGAGUUUUCUUUCAUUCCUCCGCCGUGGAGACCAACACUCGCACGAACCCGGACAGCAAUGACUCUGGAUCGGCUGCGAAUGACGAGAAAGUCCUGGCCAAAAUCCGGAAAGACCACGAGAAAGCCCUGUUGGAGGCGAAGGAUACGCUACAGAAACGCGCCGAGGAGAUAAAGCAGGACAUUUUACUGGAGAAGGAGAAAGUUGCGAAGGGUAUCGGGGGUCUGGGGGGUAAGGAUGUGAAUCAUUUACCUAUGGUCGAGUACCAGAGACCACCUGGAGCUACGGGACAUGAACCUUCGGACCCAGAGACGAAGCAGAGGCGAACCAAGAUUAAAGAGAUGAUGAAGCACGCCUGGGACAGCUACCGACGCUACGCCUGGGGUUCCAAUGAGCUGCGGCCCGUCUCUAAGCAAGGCCACUCCAGCAAUCUGUUUGGGAGUAUAAAGGGCGCAACAAUAGUGGAUGCCUUGGAUACGCUCUACAUCAUGGAGAUGUUUGAAGAUUUUGAGGUGGCCGCUGACUGGGUGGAGAAGAACCUAGACUUCAACAUGAAUGCGGAGGUGUCGGUGUUUGAAGUGAACAUCCGUUUUGUUGGAGGCCUGCUUUCUGCCUACUACCUGUCUGGGAAAGAGGUCUUCCGGAGAAAAGCCGUGGAGCUGGGAGAGAAGCUGCUGCCGGCUUUCAAGACGCCCACUGGGAUCCCCUGGGCUCUGCUCAACCUGAAGAGUGGUAUUGGUAGAAACUGGCCAUGGGCAUCAGGAGGGAGCAGCAUCCUUGCCGAGUACGGCACACUCCAUCUCGAGUUUAUGCAUCUCAGCAAACUGUCUGGAAACCCGGAGUUUGCUCAGAAGGUGAUGAAUAUCCGGAAAGUGCUGAAUCGUCUGGACAAACCACAAGGACUGUAUCCAAACUACUUGAACCCAAACAGCGGCCAGUGGGGCCAACAUCACGUUUCAGUGGGCGGCCUUGGCGACAGCUUCUACGAGUAUCUGCUCAAAGCCUGGCUGAUGUCGGACAGAUCGGACGACGAGGGGAAGAAGCUGUACUACGAUGCUUUACAGGCCAUCGAGACAAACCUGAUGAGGAAGUCGAGCAGCGGCCUGACCUACAUUGCGGAGUGGAAGGGUGGCCUGCUGGAGCACAAGAUGGGCCACCUCACCUGUUUCGCUGGAGGCAUGAUCGCCCUGGGAGCCGACGGAGCGCCCAGCGACAAGACCGGUCACCAGAUGGAGCUAGCAGCCGAGAUCGCGCGCACCUGCCACGAGUCAUACGCCCGCACAGCUUUGAAGCUGGGUCCAGAGGCUUUCCGUUUCGACGGAGGAGUGGAGGCCAUCGCCACUCGACAGAACGAGAAGUACUUCAUCCUGCGCCCAGAAGUCAUCGAGACGUAUAUGUACAUGUGGAGGUUCACCCACGACCCCAAGUACAGGGAGUGGGGCUGGGAGGCCGUGCAGGCUUUGGAGCAGCACUGUAAAGUUGAGGGCGGCUACAGUGGACUGAGAGACGUGUAUGCCACCAGUCCAAACCACGACGACGUGCAGCAGAGCUUCUUCCUGGCCGAGACGCUGAAGUAUCUGUAUCUGCUCUUCUCCGACGACGACCACCUGCCGUUCGAACACUGGGUCUUCAACACUGAGGCCCACCCGCUCCCAGUCCUCAAGAGGGACAAAACCGACAGCCCCAACGAGGUGGAGUAA